AUGGCUGAUGCAUGGCUACGUCAUGUUAGAUACUACAAUGGAAUCUUAUCUCAUAUAAUUACUGACAUUCAAAUUGGUCAAUUUCUCAAUCCAAAGUACAGCAAUUUAUCUAUCAAAUGUGGCAAUGAAAUCUUUCCAGCCCAUCAGAACAUACUCUGUCCCCAAUCAAACCGUUAUCAUGAAGUUGACGCUAAUAAUUAUAGGACAGCAACGGUGAGAUCAUCAUUGAGGAUAGCAAUCCCACCAAAAAAUAGUUCUGAAUGCUCGCCCCAAACAUGGACAGAAAAUGACGAGUUCGAUGCAGACACUGAACAAUAUUCAAAACCAUCUCGAAAACCCAAUACCACAAAUUUGCAGAGCUGUCAUGCCUUCUUUCACGCUCAAAUUUACGCACAAGUUUACAGCUCAACAGGAGAGCACGACCGUGGCCUAAGAGAUCUUGUUGUCCAGCUCACGACCGAUAAUCUCAAGGCUUUGAGGAGUGGGGAUGAUCCUAUAUUCUGCAACAGUCUUUUGGCAUCCGUUCCCAAUUUCAUGCUGGAUAUCUGUCUUUCGACCUUGGACAGGUGUGCUGAAUAUCAGAGGCAGCAAGCUAGAAUCUGGGAUUAA